ACACACACAAGCACACACACACACACACACACACUCACACACAUACAGACACUGAUUCACUCACACAGUCUCCUCCCUUACUUGCUUGGUAACUGAUUCUCACGUAGCCUCCCCCGGGGUUCUGUAGGCCUCCUGUCUUAGCCCCCUGUUUUUGCUGCCUGUUUCUGUUUCUGUGUUCACCGUGAAAAUGGACGACCAGCAGGUGUUACGGUCUGCCAUGGCUACCGGCGUGAUGGUGGUGAGGCAGGACGGCACCAACUAUUGCGUCGCCUGCGAGAAAACUCCAUCCGAGCCCAUGCCGCAUCUGAAGGGGAGAGACCAUGAGAACCACCUCGUAUGGUACAUCCUGCAGCAUCCCUCGCCCCCUCAGGAGCUCCUCAGAGCCCUCCCGGUUGAUGUGCUCAAGGCAAAGCUCAGUGACGAAAUAGAGCUAGUGAACAAGGCGCACUUCUCCUACAGAUGUCGCGUGUGCCCCAAGAAAAACCAGUUCACGGGGAUCGAGCCCUUGAAGAGUCAUCUCAACGGGAAUGACCAUAAGAAAGCCAAAAAGAAUAUGCAAGUUUCAUCUCACGCCCUAUCGAGCCAAAGUAAUCAAGACCAGCACCAGACUUCCCAUCACCCCCAGCAGCUCCCAUCUUCCAGCCAGACUCAUGGCAUGCAGCCCACGUACCUCCAGCAAACCCCAAACCCCAGCCUGCUUUCCUCCCCACUCCCUCAGAAUCAGUAUAACCCAAACAUCGAAUCCCGGUCUUCCCAAGUUCCCAGUCUCCAUUCCCAGCUUUCCAGUGGCCAACAUCUCUUACCCUCUUUUCUCCAGCAUAACACAAGUCUCCCAGCUUAUCUCCACCCUUCGCAGCCCCAGAUGCCUUCCCAGAUUAACACACCUUUCCUGACUCACGGCUCACCCGACCCUCGUCACCCCUCUGGCAGCACCCAAACACCAGUGUCGCAAGGAAAUACCAACAUGGCAGCCUCGACGGUACAAAAUGACUGGAUGAAUAGAGAAAUUCUUCCUCCUGAAGUGCAGCGUGCCCUAGACGACAGUGUGGUGGAGAGGGGUCAGGGGUCCUCCGCCUACAAGUGCAUGUCGUGUAACAAUUCCUUCACUGGACUCGCCCCUUUGCUGGAGCACCUGAGGAGUGACAAACACAAGAAGAAGGCCUCGCUGUUCCUCCCUGACCUCAGCACACUAAAGAUUGGUUCUGAUGGACAGCAUGUAAGGAACAUUCAGUUUGAGUCUGCUUGGAUCGGUUUGGGCAGAAGUGACCAGACUGACGGACCUUGGACCUUUCCGUGGACUGUAGUGUCGACUAGGCAUCCCCAGAUGCCGUCUGAGACUGUCUACCGCAACCUCUCAACGCCCCGCGGCCUCGUGCUCAUCUUUAAUUAUUACUUUACUGGACAAGGUAUUGAUGAGCGUACAGGGGCCGCGCGGGACAGCUUCAACCUCAAGACACUCUUUCACCAAAUGGGUUACGUAGUGUACUUGUACGAAGAUAAAAACAAGUCGGAGACCGAGGAGAUCCUCAAGAAACAGCAGGACAACCAGUUCCUCCGUCGCUUCGAUUCCCUCAUCGUGUUCGUCUUGAGCCACGGGAAGGAUUACUUGCACUUCGCCUGCAGGGAGGGGGAAUUCAUGUCACUGGACGAAGUGCGGUACUGCUUCACAGACAGCAACUGCCCGACCCUCAGCGGUAAGCCCAAGCUUUUUUUUGCUAACUACUGCCGCGGGAAGCAAAUUGAGCCACGUAUGCAGCAGUACGACAGUCUAUCAGUCCAGCAAAUGGCGCCCAAGGACAUGAUGACCAUGUAUGCUUGCAUCGAAAAUUUCCGAGCGCCGAGGGACCUGCAGCGUGGCACCAUAUUUGUGCAGGUGUUGUGUGAGGUGCUGGCUGCCCACGCCCAUUGCUUAGAGAUGCGAGACCUCGUUAUCAAGAUAAAUAACCUCACAAAAGAGCGUGGAGGCGCCACUCCGGAGUAUCAGUUGUACGAUUUCAAAAAAUUCUUCUUCAACCCGAGCCAGCAGUAGAGUCGCCACCCCGCCGCUGUGCCAGUAGGAAGAUCUGCGUGGGAACGCGUGGAACAGGAGGCACCCUGCUGUCUUGAUUUUUGGGUGUGCAUGACGGGGACGGGUCAGGGUGAGGAUGAGGGAAUGUGAUUGGUGGCUGGUGCAACGGGAAACUGAUUUUUCCUUGACUGAUGACGCGGGUGCUCACAAAGCGACUCAGUGGUUGUUGUUGUUGUUGUUGUUGUGCCUCAUUAACAUAGUAGGCUUAUCGUGGCCGUGUUGUCAUUCUGGGAAGCAUAUAAUCAUAUUGGCAAUAAAUGUUUAAUCUUC